AUGGCUGACAGAUGGUGCGAGACUUUCGGAGAACAGCGUGGGACAAGGCUGCAGUUUGAGACCUUCAAUUUGUAUCAUGCGAAUCAUUGGAUCAUCAAACCAGCCACCGACGGCUAUGCGAAAAAGGGCUGCAGCAUGGUUGAGAUCAUGGCGAUUCAAGUGCAGAGACCUCACUGGUUUGUGUCACAUGCUUGGAUUAUCUGUGAGGAGCCUGUUUGUAAGUUUCUGGCCUGCUUGGAGCAGCAUGCUCUGGUGCGAGAACUCUCAAGCAGUACAUUCUAUUGGGUCUGUGCAUAUGCCAAUAACCAGCACUGCGUGGAAGAGGAUAUCAAAAGCAACCCACGCAGCACUUCAUUCUACAGAGCUAUGCAGAUGUCUGAGGGAGUUCUUUUGGUGCUGGAUUCAGCUGGAACGCCUUUCGAUCGUGUUCUGAGCCUCAAAGAUGUGAGUUUGAGCGAACAAAACAUCACAAGUGUUGCAGACGAUGCCUUCGCUUCUUCAAGGUGCUUGCAACGGUUGUCGCUCUCUGCGAAUAGGUUGCCUGUUUUGCCUAAGGAGCUGUUCGCUCCUUUGGACAGCUUGCAAUUGCUGGACUUGGGCCGCUUGGGUUUGAAGCAAUUAGAGUUUGACACAUUUGCUGGGUUGUCAAGUUUGAGAAUCUUGUCCCUCAGCCAAAAUCAUUUGAACGCAUUGCCAAGAGAUUUGCUGCACCCCAUGCCAGCUCUGCAGCAAUUGUUGCUGGGGGGUAAAUCUGAUGACAAGGGCCAUCGCAUCGUUGAUGGAAACGAGCUGAGCGUGCUGUCUCAAGAGCUUUUGCAGCACAGCCCGCGGCUACAAGUUCUCGAUCUGAGCGAAAACAAGUUGACCUCGCUGCCAAAUCACAUCUUUGAUAAGACUCCUUUGCUGCAGGCGCUCGUCCUUGGUUCAAACAAGCUGACUGAGUUGCCGGGCGGAAUCUUUUCAGGGCUCAACAACCUCCAGGAGCUGGACCUGGCUUGGAACAGACUCAGUGAGUUGCCUGCUGGAGUCUUUUCUGGGCUCAGCAGCUUGCAGGAGCUUGUCUUGCAUUCCAACAAGCUCCGUGCGUUGCCUGCUGAAGUGUUUGCAGGGCUCAGCAACUUGCAGGAGCUCAACCUGGGCGAAAACAAGCUCAGCGAUUUGCCUGCUAAUGUCUUUUCAGGGCUCACCAACUUGCAGAAGCUUUACUUGUAUCAAAACGAGCUCAGUGAGCUGCCUGCUGAAGUCUUUUCAGGACUCAGCAACUUGCAGGAGCUCAACCUGGGCGAAAACAAGCUCAGUGAGCUGCCUGCUGAAGUCUUCUCAGGGCUCAGCAGCUUGCAGGAGCUUGUCUUGCAUUCCAAGAAGCUCCGUGCAUUGCCUGCUGAAGUGUUUGCAGGGCUCAGCAAAUUGCAGAAGCUGUACUUAUACUUGAGCCAAAACGCUCUCAGCGAGUUGCCUGCUGCUGCUAAUGUCUUUUCAGGGCUCAGCAGCUUGCAGGAACUGCACCUGGCUCACAGCAAGCUCAGUAAGUUGCCUGCUGAAGUGUGGGCCCAUCUCUUCGCAGGUCUUAGCAACUUGCUAGUUCUCGGCCUGGAGUCCAACAGGCUCGGCGAGUUGUCUUCUAAAGUCUGGUCCAAAUCGUUUGCAGAGCUCAGCCACUUGCAGGUGCUUUACUUGGGCGGAAACGAUCUCAGCAAGUUGCAUGCUGAAGCCUUUUCCACGCUGGGCAACCUGCGAACACUUGUCCUCGAUGGGUGCAGGCUGAACGAGUUGCCUCUGGAAGUCUGGGGUAGUCUGUUUGCAGCGCUUGACAACUUGCAGUUUCUCUUGCUGCGUGACAACAAACUCGGCGAGUUACCCGCUGAAGUCUGGGCCAAUAUGCUGUCAGAACUCGGCCAGUUGCAGGUAUCCUGCGGUUACGCGCUGUCUGUUUCUGUGAAAAUGAUGGGAUGCUCUGCCUGGGGCUGGGAUUUCGCAGUGAUGAGGCGAAAAAAGUCCAGUGUAGCCACUGCAGUGGCACCUGGCGCGCUGCAAAUGGAGAGACGUUCUGAAAAGAUCGAGGCAGCAGAAUUCAGUCCAGUCGAAGUCGCCAACGUUUUCAAAGUCACCUUGAAGUUCACUGCAGCGGCUCGAAUGCCCAGCACUGCGCGAUUGACGAGUUUCGAGAGUCGUGGGGUGAGGCUCGGUAUUCCAAGAGAAACCCGGGUCCACCUUCCCUGUCCCAGAGAGAUGUUGAGGUGCAUUUUGCCACCAACUCUGCCAGAGGACGCCGCGUCAGCUGCUGUCCUUGGAAUUAGAGUUGUUGGGAAGGAGAAAAUGUUCGUUGCCCUAUCCCCUUAG